AAUAUAUUCAACGCAGUAUAGGUUUGUUAAAAUUGUGAAUACUUCGAAGUGAAAAUAUUUUUCUAUUUGGAUAUAGGUUACGGAUGAAAUAGGAUAUAAAAAUAUUUUUUGAAACUUCGAAGGUUUUACUGUUCUAUACGAUCCAAACAGAUUGCCAAGAUAUGAUGAAAAUUGUUAUCAACUGAUAAAAUGUAUCACCAGGUUCUGAAGACUCGGAAGAACAGAGCUAAAAAAAAGAAGAAACAACAAUCACAACUACAGCAACAGAGGCAUUUGCCGGUUAUGCCAGAAAUUACAUCACCUGAAUUGCCAAAAACCUCUAAAGCUCCAGACGAAAUCAUUUUUGACCCCCUGAAACUGUACCUUUAUAAAAAAGCCAUUAGAACUGGAAUAGAGAGAGAGAGCAGUAUACGAGUAAAUAUCAUUGGAAACUUCUCCCAAGGCAAAACCUCAUUAGCACGGCGCUUGAUGGGUCAAAACUGUGAAGGGGUUAUAACUACAAAUGGCAUAGAAAUCAGAAGGUUUAAAUGUAGAAUGAUGAAAGGGGGAAGAUUGGAACUAGUGGAAGAUGAAAACAAGGACUUUUUUGGUAGAUUAGCUACAGUUGCACGUUCAUUUGAUACUGGGAAAUUGAGUGAAAGAGUUGAACGUACCGCAGCUGCGAAAAAACAAAGCAAUCAGUUUGUUUCAGCAAUCGUAGAAGACCAUACACAUUCACUGCGGCAAAUUCAGUUUCCAACAACAUCUCAAGAGCCUACAGAGAAGCAGAUCAUAAGCACUCCUACAACAUCUCAAGAGCCUACAGAGAAGCAGAUCAUAAGUACUCCUACAGCAUCUCAAGAGCCUACAGAGAAGCAGAUCAUAAGCACUCCUACAGCAUCUCAAGAGCCUACAGAGAAGCAGAUCAUAAACGCUCCUACAGCAUCUCAAGAGCCAAUUGAUGACAGGUCUUUGUCCACGAAUACGCAACAACAGGUUGUAAACACAACACAACGCCCCUCUAUUUCGAGUGAAGAUUUUACAACAUUUUCUAGCAGAGUUGACAAAGACAAAGAUGAUGUAGAGCUGUCUUUUGACAUGUGGGACUUUGGUGGCCAGUACAUCUUUUAUGCAACGCAUACUUUGUUUCACAGCAGAAAGGCUUUGUAUCUUCUUGUAGUUAAUUUAUCAUCCCCUCUUGAUAAGAUUGUCAUUGAUGAUGAAUUUCCCGCCGAAAGCGGUGAGAAAAAUAUGGAAUAUUUCAUAAAGUUUUGGAUUGAAUCGAUUCAUGCAUUUGUUGGACCUGGACCUCCAGUUGUUCUUGUCGGGACACACAAAGACCAAAUUCAACAUAACAAGGAGGCGCAACAGUACUUCGACCAGAUAAGAAGUAUUUUCGAAGACACAGACAUGAUUGACCAUAUUCAACCUGAAGACUUUGCUGUUGAUAAUCACGAUUUGUCUGACACUGAAAUAUCAAAUCUUCUUCAGUAUCUAAUACAGAAAGGCAGUGAACUGGUGCAAACUGUAGAAAUCCCUGCUCGGUGGAUACAACUCGAAAAGAAAUUAAACCAACACAGGCAAAAAAACGUUAUUACUUUCCACGACGUUAUGAAAAUUGAUGCCGAUAAUGAGUAUCCAUUGAAAGAGGAGCAACAAGUAAAACUUUUUCUACAAUAUCAUCAUGAGAAAGGAACAUUAUUCUAUUUUGACGAAGAACCUUUGUCAGAGCAUGUCGUCCUAGAUCCUGGCUUUCUUGUAGAUGCGUUCAAAUGUAUUAUCACACCCGAGCGAUUUCGCCUGAACGACAUUUCCAUACGUCCUUUAUGGUGUAUUCUGAAAAAAGAAGCUAAGUUAUUUGAUGAGUUGAUAAACAAGGUUUGGAGUCAUAAUAACGAAAACUUCAUGAAACACAAGACGGUUCUUCUAGGUUAUCUCAAGAAGCAUUACAUAAUAUCACAAGUAAUAGAGUAUGACAUGAUAAGCGGAACUAUUAAAGAGCAAGAUUGGUUCAUUGUUCCAAGUCUCCUUAAAGACAAUUGCCUGACUGAAGUUAUGGAAGAUUUUCUUAGGAAAAAGCCGCGAACAAAGAUUCGAUAUUUUAUGCAGUUUGAACAGACAUCAAUUGUACAAAUGCUUUUCCACAGAUUGAUAAGUGCGGCACUAGGAAAAUGGGCUAUCCUUAAGUUUGGAAACAAAUAUAUGCUGUUUAAGAAUCUUGCUAUUUUCAAACUCGAAGAAGGUCUUGCAGGCAUAGCAGAAAUGAAACAUUCUGGUAUAGAAUUAUGGAUAGUAAGACUAAGUGUAAACGCGAUUGGUAGGCAAGUACCAGACAGAUUUAGACGAUUCACUGAAGCAAUUGUUAUACAUGAAUUCAGAAAAUUAAAGUCACAGAUGAACGACAAUGUCAAGCCGUUUUCGCAAAAAUACAGAUGUAACCACAAAAUACACAAGCUUAAUGGUAGCUAUAACAUUAGUGACAUUUGUCUCUUACUAAAAGAAGAUUCCCCGUUCUGUCCCGACAAUCAUACCCACAAAGACGGGAGUGGUAGAAAAGCAAAGGCAGAAUGGUUUCAAGACGAAAGAAUUGCAGUUGUAUAUUCAAAAAAGAAAUUGUCACAGAAACAUCUAAGUCGUCUGGCUUCUGCAAUUGGUAAAGGGUGGCAAUGUUUAGGAACAGAACUUGGCAUAACACAAGUUGAAAUAGAUCAUAUCGAACUCGAGAAUGAAGGGGUGGCCAAUAGGAUAUUUCAGAUGCUCCUAAAAUGGAAAUAUAGGCCCGAAAACAAUGCAACAUUAGACGUUCUGGUCAAAUCAAUAAAGAAAUGUCCAUCGGUUACAAUUGAAUGGGAUGAAUUUCGAAACAUCAACGACGAACAAACUGGAAUAUUGAUGAACGAGCACCCAGUCUUUAGUCAGCCAUUACUGGACCUUACAGUUAAGGAAAAUGAUAGACUGGUUUUGGAAUGUGAACUAUCAAAGCCAGAAAUUAAAGUAAAAUGGAUGAAAGAUAAUGUAGAAAUUUCCGAUGGGUUGCGGAGGAUAAACGUGGAAAAGCAUGUACACCGAUUGAUUGUUGAAAAGGUUACCCAUACAGAUGCCGGUAUAUAUAAAUGUGUCUUUGGAGACUGUGACACAACAUGUACUGUCAAAGUCGAAGACAAAACAUUACCAACUGAGUUCCUUCAGAGGCUCUCGGACAUAUGUAUUGAAGACAAAUCUGGAUCUGUCAGUUUCCAAUGUAAAAUAAACAAAGAAAAUGUAGACGUCAAAUGGUAUCAUGAAAGUCGGGUUUUAUCACCGUCGGAAAAAUAUCAGCUUAUUGAUGAAGGGCCAGUUCACAUACUAAAGAUAGACGAUGUUCAAGACGAAGACGAAGGCACCUACCUUAUUGCUGCUGAUGGACAAACAUCCUCUGCGUCGCUCAAUAUAGAAG